AUGUGUUUACUCCCACCUCCAUCUGAGCAGACCCAGAUCCUGGUCGAGGUGAGGCUCAACAGUUGCUUUGUGUUCUCUUUAACAGAAAGAGAAAGGAGAAAGAAAUCUCCCCCUCCUUUCACCAUCAUCCACUUACUUCUGUGGGAAAUUAUUGAGGAAUGGGAAAAUGAAACAUUUAUAUACAUAAUAAAUUUCAAUACAUAUGCCUCUGUCUCAGACCAAGUCCAGAUCCUGCGACUCUGUAGGUCCCAGAGUUUGUUUGUUUUUCUGUUUUCUUUGACCUUGAGGCCUGGCUUGCAGAAUCUUGCUUCCCCAACCAAGGAUUGA